GCGGUGAGCUGAGGUUUGAGCAGGGCUCUGUGUGCGCAGCUGAAACUAGGCUUCCUUGGUGAAGUAGACGAAUAGAGAGCGACGGAUAUAUUAAUGGGUUUCUCUUCCCGUUCUCUUGUCAGUUCAAAACUUUAAUCUUGACAAAUGUGAUCUAGACAACUUGACAUUUUCUACGUUUCUGGACGUAACGUGUUGCCUACUUUGGAGUGCUUUGUUGUUUUCACAGUCGAAGAAAGGUCGAACGCGCCGCGCAACAACUGCAGGCAGCGUUGGAUUAUUCCCGUGGUGGAAUAUUUUGGUGGACAGUCACCGUCCUACACAUUGCAUACGGGAUAUUCAAAACAUUUACAAGUUGCGAGUGGUGUCACAUUUCUCCGUGACUUUUAGGUAUGCCUGUGGUUGUCAGCGCGUCUCCGGACAGGUAACCGGGUGUGUUGCUGGUGCCAUGGCAAUGCCAGAGCUGCGACUGUUUCCUGUCAUUGUGGUUACCGUCAUCCUGGUGGUGUUGUCGGCUGCGGAUGACCACGACUGGCACUUUAAACCAGCUCAGUGUCGUUAUGCCCUGGGUAUGGAGGAUGGCACCAUCCCUGACUCUGACAUCACGGCUUCCAGUGCCUGGUCAGACUCUACUGAGGCCAAACACGGCAGGUUGAGUAAAGGAGAAGGGGAUGGUGCGUGGUGUCCUGCAGGAGCAGUGUUCCCCAGUGCUUCAGAGUACCUCCAGGUGGACAUGCGCUCGCUGCAUUUCCUGGCUCUGGUGGGUACCCAGGGUCGCCAUGCCGAUGGGCACGGCCGGGAGUUUGCCCGCAGCUACCGGCUCCGUUACUCCCGAGACGGACGCACCUGGAUCACCUGGAAGGACCGCUGGGGGCAGGAGGUGGUGUCUGGGAAUGAGAACACCUAUGAUGUGGUUCUGAAAGACCUGGGUCCACCCAUUGUUGCCCGCUAUGUCCGCUUCUACCCCCUGGCAGACCGGGUCAUGAGCGUCUGUCUACGAGUUGAGCUCUAUGGCUGUCUGUGGAAUGAUGGCCUGUUGGUGUACACAGCUCCAGUGGGUCAUGUGAUGCACCUGUCUGGCUCACCUGUGUACCUCAACGAUUCCACCUACGAUGGCAGCGUAGAGUCAGGGGUUCAGUUCGGAGGCAUGGGCCAGCUGUUUGACGGUGUGUUAGGAGGGAAUGACUUCACAGAGACCAAGGAGCUGAGGGUGUGGCCGGGGUAUGACUACCUGGGCUGGAGCAGAGAGGCUCUCGGGCAGGGCAGCGUUGACAUCGAGUUCCACUUCGAAAAGACACGCAGCUUUCACACCAUGCAGGUCCACAGUAAUAACCACCACACCCAGGGUGUGAGGGUCUUCAGUAAGGUAGAGUGUCAGUUUAAACCUGGCAUCUUACUCCCCUGGUCCUCGCCCACCCUCUCCCUGGCUGUACCUCUAGAGGACCUGAAGGACCCCUCCUCACGCCCCAUCUCCCUGCCCCUGGGGGGUCGCCCCGCCCAGAUCUUACGCUGCCAGUUUGCCUUCGCAGACCGAUGGAUGCUCAUCUCUGAGAUCUCCUUCUACUCCGAGCCGUACGGGGAGGGUGUCGACCCCGUGGACACGGGCUCUGCUCUUCCUGCUCCUCCGGUCUCCUCUGCUACCCCUCUUCCUCCUGUCUUCCCCUCCUCCGUCAGCCCUGCCCUCAACCACAACUUCACUAGCGUUCCCUCAGAACCCCCCACCACCAACCCCAUGAUGGACAGCACGGGUAACAGCACACUGUCAGGGGCCGACUUCGAUGCCAUGACCCCGAGGGCGGGCCUUCCUGUCGCCAAGGACGACAGCAGUAACACAGCCAUCCUGAUUGGCUGCCUGGUGGGCAUCAUCCUGCUGCUAUUAGCUGUGAUCGCUGUCAUUCUGUGGAGGCAAUACUGGAAGAAGAUACUGGGCAAGGCCCAGGGCAGUCUGUCCAGUGACGAGUUGCGUGUCCAUCUGUCCGUCCCCUCGGACAAUGUGGUGAUCAACAACACACACAGCUACUCCAGCCGCUACCAGCGUAUACACACAUUCCCUGACGACAGGGAGCGCUGUGACGGAGAGGGAGAGUACCAGGAGCCCAGCGCACUGCUCCGACCACGAGACCACACCGGACGAGACAGCACCGCCUUGCUGUUAAACAACCCAGCCUAUGACCUCCUCCUGUCAGAUCAGAGGCAGCAUGGCUCAGGCUCCUCGUGGCCCCUAACUGUCCCUUUGGCCAGGGCCAGCUCCUCCCACCCUCAGGAGAAGAGCCUCAAUAAUGGGGCCCAGGCCUGUGGAAUGGACUUGGAGAAGGGCUUGCCCCCCACCCAGGAGGAGCCUCCCCCGUACCCCGAUGCCCCUCCCUACCCGGCCCUGUCUCCCCUCCCCGCCAGCGUGCCCCACUAUGCAGAGGCAGACAUCGUUAGCCUGCAGGGCGUCAGUGGAAACAACACAUAUGCAGUGCCAGCCCUGACCUCCCCCAGCCCCACUGCAGCAGACUGCACCCCCCUGCCUGAACUGCCCCGACACUGUCUGGUCUUCAAGGAGAAACUGGGAGAAGGACAGUUUGGAGAGGUGCACCUGUGUGAGAUAGAGAGCCCUCAGGACCUGCCUAACCUGGAGUUCCCUUUCAACGUGAGGAAAGGACGCCCUCUGCUGGUGGCUGUUAAGAUACUGCGCCCUGACGCCUCCAAGAAUGCCAGGAAUGACUUCCUAAAGGAGGGGAAGAUUCUGUCUCGUCUGAAGGACCCCAACAUCAUCAGUCUGUUGGGAGUGUGUGUGAGCAGCGACCCCCUCUGUAUGGUCACAGAGUACAUGGAGAGUGGAGACCUCAACCAGUACCUCUCACACAGAGUCCUGCUGGACAAGACUGGACCCACACACAACACCCCAACCAUCAGUUACCCUGCUCUGAUCGCCAUGGCCAGUCAGAUAGCUUCAGGGAUGAAGUUUCUGUCGUCUCUGAACUUCGUGCACCGUGACCUGGCCACCAGAAACUGCCUGGUGGGGGGUGAGAAGGGCGAGAGCGGGGGCGACCGGGGCGGGGAGCGACCCAUCAAGAUCGCCGACUUUGGGAUGAGCAGAAACUUGUACGCUGGAGACUACUACCGCAUCCAGGGGCGGGCCGUGCUGCCUAUACGAUGGAUGGCCUGGGAGUGUAUACUGAUGGGGAAGUUCACCACAGCCAGUGACGUGUGGGCGUUUGGUGUGACUCUGUGGGAGAUGCUGAGUGUGUGUCAGGAGCAACCCUACUCCAACCUGACUGAUGAACAGGUCAUAGACAACGCCGGAGAGUUCUUCAGGGACCACGGAAGACAGGUGUAUCUGAGCAGGCCAGAUGUGUGUCCUCAGGGUCUCUAUGACCUCAUGCUGAGCUGCUGGAACCGGGACUGCAAGCUCCGCCCAUCAUUUGCCCACAUUCACUCCUUCCUCACAGAGGAUGCCAUGAACAUGGUGUAGAGAGAGAGGGAGAGAGAGGAAUGGAAGAGUGAGAUGGAGAGAGGGAUUAGAGACGGCUCCUCCUACCUCCAUUCCUCGUAGAGAUGAGCGAGGGAUGUGUGUAGAAGUGGUGGAGGUGUAGAGGGAGAGGUGUGCAGUAGAGGGACGGGCGCCUGCUUGUAUAUUUAGUAUUUCUCUAUGAUGGGCGGAGACACCGCUGGUUCGGUUUUCACUCCCACGAGACAGACCCCAACCCAAACCCCUUUACCCCCCCCUGAGUAGUCUCUAGAGCGUCUUGAUAAGACUAACACAACACAAUGGUUGGUGCGGUGGUGGGUUGGUGUCUAAUUCUGCAUCGUGCUUCCAGGACCACCGAUGGUCUGUCAAUAGUCUGCUAGCGAACACAGGGAAGCUGUAAGACGUAUGGGGAGGCGAUGUGACAAUGCUUGGUAAUGUAGAUGAAGCUAAAAUGAAUGUGUAACGCUGAUUAACGUUUAUCAAAGAAUAUAAACAAUACCAAUCUGAUUAUGUAUCCAUGUCAGACUUUAAUACUCUGACACUCAUAGUUUAAUAGCAUAUUAACAUGUUGGGAUAAACUUAAUAACACAUUGUCCUAUAUAGAUAUUUUAUUACUUGACCUGCUAAUGUUUUUAGGGUUACUGGUGAAGGUCUAUAUAUAUUCUCAUACUGUCAACAUUUCUCCAUCUCAAAACGGUACGCACACAUUUUUCACACAGAGAUGAAAUUGCACACAAGGUUUGCUGUCUUAGUAGUAUAUAUAAAACGAGUAUGUCCCAGUAAAGUCCAUUACAUUUCACUAGUUUUCAGUAUAUAACCCAGUUCUUCCCAGCUCCAAACCCUCCAUCCCAGACCCCAGUCUAAGGAUGUCUCUAGUCUCAUGGAACCAUUAUAUUCCUCUGGCAAGCAGAAUGAUGAUAUUUCAUACACAGGCCAGUAGCAGACACAGCAACAGCUGUUCCACCAGCAGUCUGUAACACCAGGCAUUAGACAAUGCUGCCAGCCAGUCAGUCAGUCAGCUCCUCAGCCCAGACUUGGCUGGCAUUGUGACUAUAGUCCUCCACAUUCUGCUUCCCACUCCACCCAACUCAGUAUCUCACCAAUCCAGAAGCCUUUCAUUCUGCAGUCUCACUCAUAUCUCUCACAACUGAUCCACUCUGAGCUGUAACUAUGGAGUUAUAGAGGGUGUGAACUGAUCUGGACUCGAGGACUCUUUCCAGGACAGGAAGUGUGUGGUUGUUACUCUACCAGACCUCCAAACUAGAACCCUUUUAACUUCCGGAGCCAGAGAGAACUGACUAGUGUCAUGUGACUUGAGCCUCACUGACUGAGAGAACAGGUACAGUAGGGGAGGUGCACUGUGAACGGCUACAGACUGAGAUUUGAACAGAAGAGAGACAUCCUUCCUGAUGAGAGCUGGAAUAGUACAGCAACACACACAGCACUGCCUGUGCUGACAUCACAUGUGAAACUGACAGUUGUGAUUGGUGACUAGCUGAUGGAACAGCAUAACACAGAUGGACAGAUGGAUUGACGACUAGAGGGGAGUGGGGGCUGAUAUAUGUAAAUGACCAUUUUCAUGUGUAAGUGAGGUGAGCGAUGUGAUUUUCUACCAGCGAUGGAUAGCGGAGCUGGGUCUGAAUCAGUGACCCAGAUGCAGAAAGGAGGUUCAUGUAUAUGUCCAAUACACUACCAGCUGCACUUUAAAGGCUGUUUCUGGCCGCACGCCCCAAUACCUGCACUAGAAUACUAGAGUCGUGGCCAGUCUUGGGGCGUAGUUACAGUACUUGUAGUUUAACAACUAAUUAACAACACUUUGAGUAGCUCCCACAACUCUGGUAUGUAUCAUGUUACUGUACGAGUAUCAGGUUAGUGUGCUCGUCUGGAUGUUGGAGCGUACAGUCUGUAUCCCCUUAGUGUUAGUACUGAUAGCAGUCCAACAUGGCAUUGCUGGUCAAAAUAGAUGUAGUUCUAAAUAGAAAAACAGGUCAGUGUCUUGUGAUUUAUCUACUUCAAGAUGAUCAUUUAUUCAUGAUUCAUAUCAGUGGAUUGUUGUUCAAAUAGAACUGCCUCAAUGUUCUCAAGGAGGAAAAUUCAGCUUUGGAAAACCUGUCUGCAUUAUGAGGAAAGGCAGAGUGCACCAAAUGCUUUCUGCCAGUGUUACAUAGAUACCCAGCAGACCUAAUGGUUAAAAACAUCCCAAUCACAAAGAACCUAACACUCAUGAGAAGAGGAGCACUAACAACUGUAUACAAAGCCUUUUAGUUUGUCAGUAACCUUUCACCUUUCAUCUACAUUACUCUGCCUUACUGAGUGUAGUUGUGCAUAAUGUGUCAGGCUUAAUCAAGAUGAUCAAAUAAUCCUUGUUUACUGAUUGAAUGAGUGUGAAUGGUGGUGCCAUAUGAAUACAGUAUGUGUCUCGGUUGACCUUUUUCGAUAUGCAAAUAUGGGUUUAGUUGGGCUACAGUGUAUAUAUUUCCUGUAAACUACUUAGAAUCUCCUUGUUGUCAGUGAUGUCAUCCUUUGUCUUUGAAGCUGAACCUGUUGUGUACAUAUUUUGAGGACAGAAUGUUUAUUUUGUUGACUAAUAUAUGGAAUUUCUUUGUUACAGUUGGGGUCUCUUUCUGUUCCUCUGUAGAAAGCUUGCUACCUUACCUUGGUGCCAUUGUAAUUCAUUGUGUCGUCUUUUUGUAGUUUUAAUAAAGUUAAUCUUUCCAAAUAAA